CAUAAAAUCAAGGACAGUUCGUGUUUGACUUCCUUACAGGCACCGGACGAUUACAUCGGCAUGGAUGAUGUCUUGCAUCUGCCACAAAUUACCGAAGCCAGCUUACUGCACACGCUGCGUUUACGCUACCGACGGGACGAUAUUUACACGCUCGCCGGACCAAUUCUCAUCUCGAUUAAUCCUUAUCAGAGUGUCUGUCUACCGGGUGGCGAAUCGAUCUAUUCCGAAGAGCAAAUGCUCGUUUACCGCUCGUCGACCUUGGCAGUGGAUGACAAGACGCCGCACUUGUUCCAGAUUGCCGAUCGGGCCUAUACCGCCCUCAUGGAUUCGCCUCCCGGAAUGGUUCGUAAUCAGUCCAUUAUUAUUAGUGGAGAAAGCGGCGCCGGCAAAACGGAAGCAACCAAAAUCAUCAUGAAGUAUUUGGCGCGGAUCACACGCAAAUCGGAAAAGCCUUCGGCCACGGAAGGAACCGCUUUGCUCAGUCCUAACGGCAAACGCAUUGCCGCACUAGAAGAUAGAGUUCUGUCUUCAAAUCCGUUGCUCGAAACGUUCGGAAACGCCCAAACUCUACGGAACGACAAUUCUUCACGUUUCGGUAAAUUCAUUCACAUUUACUUUGAUACGAUUAAGGGAGGUAUUACCGGAGCAUCCAUUUCGAAUUAUUUGUUGGAAAAGACGCGCAUCACGACGCAGGUAGACGGCGAGCGCAAUUAUCACAUUUUCUACCAACUAUUGUCCGGGGUAGACUCGACCCUGAUGGAGGACCUAGGACUCCAAGAGGGGGUGCAAGGAUUUGCGUACCUCGGAAAUCGCAGCGCCGAAAAGUCCGAAGCAGAUGCGGAAGCUUUUCGAGAGACAAUUGUAUGUUUGGAACGUAUCGGCCUAGACACGGAAGACCAAAGGGCAGUUUUCGGAAUGACGGCGGCAGUUUUGCAUUUGGGAAAUAUCCAGUUCGAAGCGACGGACCAGGAAGAAAACUGUGAAGCCAUCAUUUCGGCGGCUACAUUGCCGUCGCUGCGGAAAGCCUGCGAGCUUUUGGGCCUUGAUGAAGCCAAAUUGUCGGAGGCGAUAUUGACCAAAGUUUUGGUAGUUAACGGCAAGACAAUAAAGAAGCCUCAGAAUGUGGCGUUGGCCGAGGACAAGCGCGAUGCUCUUGCCAAAAUGACCUACUCUUGUUUGUUCUUGUGGCUCGUUCAGUGCAUCAAUGAAACACUCCAGCAGAAGUCUACCAGUAAGGCAUUUAAUUCCGAUAAGCUCGGAUUUAUUGGUGUCCUUGAUAUCUAUGGCUUCGAAUGCUUCGAACAAAACGGCCUUGAACAGUUGUUGAUCAAUUACUGUAAUGAAAAGCUUCAGCGUCACUUCAACCGACACUUGUUUGAAGUGGAGCAAGAGUUAUACGCCAACGAGGGCGUAGAUUGGUCGUACAUUACCUUCAACGACAAUCGUCCUUGCUUGGAAUUGAUUGAGGGUGGUAGCGGUAUUGUUGGUAUUCUCAACACAUUGGAUGAUGCCUGGGGGGGAAUGGGAACCGCUUCUGAAAAAGACGGCAAAUUCGUGACCCAUCUACACAAACUGUUUGGGACGGGUUCCGGUGACAGUAAAAAGGGCGAUACAGAAAGUGGUCACCCAAACUUUGUUACACCAAAGUUUGGCAAUGACCGUCAAUUCAUUGUUCUACACUAUGCCGGAGAGGUUCGCUAUACUGCUGAAGGAUUUGUCGAAAAGAAUAUGGAAACCAUGAGUAACGAAAUUCGCGAACUCGGCGAGCAGUCUUCUUUGGAUCUUUCCCAGAAAGUUUAUUCGUGUGGACAGUCGGACAUAAGCGGGAAAGACCCUCUCAGGUCUUCAAUUCGAGGAAUUAGCGUGGGAUCUCAGUUUCGCUCGUCACUUCAAAGCUUAGUGACUGAUUUAGAUCGCACCCAACCGCACUAUAUUCGCUGCAUCAAACCGAAUCUUUCCAAAGCGCCCGGAAGUUUCCUUGCCGGAGAGGUUCUAAAGCAGUUACGCUAUUCUGGAAUGAUGGAGGCAAUUCGCAUUCGACGGGAAGGCUACGCACUUCGCGAAGAGCACGAAAGUUUCUUCAGUCGAUUCAGUGUCCUACUGAACCAGGACGAGGUCGAUACCGAUGAGACUGGUAUCGAGCAGCUCGUAAAGGUUUUGUCGAAGAGACUCAACGUCACCGAAGCUGACUGGCAAAUCGGCCAUUCCAAGAUCUUCCUCCGCCGAGAGCUUUCAGACAAACUUGAACGUCUUGCGAAGCUGCGAGUACAUGCCGCAGCUCGCACUCUC